GGGAGAUAAUUUCAAAUGCAUUGUGGGUAAUAAAAAUCUUGAUCGGAGUGAAGAGGAUAUUGAUAUUUUCUGACAAAAUUAUCAUUCAAUCACGCAAGCAAGUAAAAGGUGACGAUGGAACUUGAGGAUGACAACAGCAACUUCCUGGGGUCACAUGACAGCUCAACACAGCUUGAUACUGACAUUGCCCAGCACACUGUCUACCAGCUACAGGGUACUGGUGAGGAGGGUGAGAUGUCAGUCACGUAUCAGAUUAUAGACCAGCAGGUGACAGAGGAGGGCCUAAUGCAGCUCACACUGUCUGACGGCGUCAACAUCAUACAGACCACCAUGGCCACCGACCAGCUACAGUAUCUGAAUAACAGUGAAAGCAUCAUGUUACAGACUUCCAAUGGUAAUCAAGCAAUUUCUGAGGCAGCAUCCAAUGAAGAUUAUGCUGAUCAGGAUACAUCACAUGACACCAAGUGUAGCCAAUCAGAUGAAUCGUUACAAACCAGUGUCAUAGAUGGUCCUGACCAAUCAGAAACUGUGAACAUGCUUGAUGUGCUAAACAAGCCAAUGAAAUUGCAAUUCCAGGAAGCAGCAGAAGAAGAUUCUGGGGAUAUAGUUUAUGAAAACCAAAAUAAUGAGGCCAAAGAGUGUGAGAGUGAAAAUACACAUGAAAUAAAUGGGUCUUUAGAUGCUUCAACUGAUCUGCAAGAUAAAGACAACAGCAUAAACCAGCCAAUAGAAGAUCAAGAUUUAUCAUCCAGAUUUGAGAAGGCAGCAGCUGAUGGUGUUAUGAGCACCUCAAAUAGCUCUGCUACAAAGGUCAAGGUCAAAGAGAAGCAUCCUGACCUUUCGCGACCCAUAGAGGUCACGGACCACAUGGAGGUAAUGGUGAAGGGCAAGAAGUGUCUGCUCAAGGUCAACCCAGACACCGGCCAGCUGUGUGCAUAUCCUCUCAUUACCACAGGGAGAAGACGAGGUCGCCCCAGGAAGUCCAGUGUGGAGCCAGCAGACGACACGUCCAACGACGCUGAGCCCUCUCCAACACCAGAGACCAGCAGUGCUGCCGAGGGACUCCUGGAGCUCUCGUGUGGUCCUGAUGGGGUAAGACGAAGUAGCCGUAGGAACAAGGGCAAACCAAAAACAUUAGAAGAUUAUGAGGUGUUCGAAGUAUCCAGCGAUGACGAGGCAGCCGUUGAUUCGGGGGACGACGAGGUGUUGCCAUCUGGAGCCAUACGUAAACGUAAAUCUCAGUCCAACAAGGAGUACCUGCCUCCCGCCCAUAUAGCCGUGCCAGGGGGUCAGAAGAGGGGUCGUGGUCGUCCCCGGCGAUAUCCUGCCCUAAGUGAACCUAUACCUCCCAUAACCCAGAUCCCUGCUAUGCUCAUACCCUCCAGUGAUGGCCACACAAUCAUGAUGACCCCUUUAAGGGGUUACUCCAACUUGGAUAGUUUUCAUGAGCAGUUCAAGGGUAUCACGCUGAUACAUGGCGGGGAGGGAGGACUCGUAACAGACGACGGUACCCAGUACCUCAACAUCACGUCAGCAGACGGCACUAUGAUCACCUUGCAGCUGAGAAACACAUCAGACAGUUUGGAUCCUGCAGAAAUACAGCCUGGUUCUGAGUCGAACACGAUGACAGACAGCACCUUAUCUAUCGAGGUUACCCAGCCCCCAGACAUUGAUACUAGCGUAGACUCGUGUGGAAUUGUAAAAUCUGCCUUGGUCACCUCUGGGAUGACCACACCUGAUUUAGCAAAGCUCGGAAUUAGUGUCAUGGAAAAUGAGUUGUCUGACGUUAAUGAUGACAUAAAUGAAAAUAUUGAUAACUCUGCAGAUAGCAGCGCAGCAUCUGCUUUAACUACAUCAGGAAUGGUCAGUUCUAUAAUGACCUCUUGUCAACUUGUCAGUGCAGAAAUCGGAGAUACGGACAUUGAAAAUUCUCAGAUAUCCACGACAGUUACCUCAUCGGUUAGUUCUGGCGAUUCUGAUCUUUUGACGCCUGGAAUGAGCACUAUUGAAAUUGGCAAACUCGAUGAAGGGACUAUGGAAUCGGGAAACUUGCAGUUGAAUUCUACAGAUUUCGAUAAAAUGCUUGGCGUAAGCUCAAACAUGAGUGGCCUUGAGAUGGCUGGUCCUGGCAUGGUCUCAUCGGAAAUUGCGGCGUCUGCUAUGGCCACUUCGGACAUGGGAGUGUCAAUGCUGGGAAAUGGAGACGAUGAUGAUGAUAUUGACCCUGAAAACUGUUCUGAUAUGAAAGAUCUGCCUGAUGCGCGCUCUGCCUUGAUCAGUGACGAGAUGUUACAUGGCUUGAAAAGUGAAGUUGUUAACCAUACUUUUAGCACGGAUACAAUAGUUUCAGGCCCGUCCAGCUUUACAGUGACUGCCAAGUCCAGGGGUGAUGGCACUACUAUCAUUCAGAUCCCAGAAAAACUGCUGCCCAUGUUCACCCAGAGGAAAGAGCCCAUAACUAUUGGUCUGAAGGCCUCCGAGGUGUUUCUGGAGAAGUUGAAGUGUCGCAAGUGUGGUUACCAAGGUUACUACGAGCAACAGUACCAGGACCACAUCGCCACUCACACGGAGGACAUUCUGAAAUGCAAAUGCUGCAAGUUUGUCACCUUCGAAAAAGACGAUCUCAUAGUGCAUUUUAAGAAGAACCAUCCCCGUUGCAUCUGCAGUUACUGUAACUACAUGUCUGACCAGGCCUACAUUAUCAAGAGACACACCAUGAGGCACACGCAGGAGGGCUGUAAAUGUGAUAUCUGUGGCAAAGUGUACAAGGACCAGUAUGUUAUGAAGAUGCAUGUGAAAAUGGUGCACAUGCCUGCAGACGUUCUGUACGAGUGUAACACGUGUGCCAAGAAGUUCUCCAGGAAAGCCCACUUAAAGCGACAUCUGCGAAUACACGAGCCAGAGAAGCCAUUUAAAUGUCACCUGUGCAACUACAGGGGUUGUGAGAAAUCGGACAUCACGAAGCAUAUGCUGAUACACGAGGAGCCAAAACACGUGUGUGAGGUCUGCAGCAAGUCCUUCAGGCAUCUCAAGAACAAGGAACUCCACAUGAAACGGCAUUCUGGUCAGAGAGAUUACAAAUGUGGUGUCUGCGAUUUUUACGGGUAUACGUUCACAGAUAUACGUAAACACAUAGAACGGAAACACACGAACACCAGAGCACAAGUCUGUGAUAAAUGCGGAGGCAUGUUCCAAACAGAGGAGCAAUAUAGGGAGCACAAGGCACAGCAGUGCGAGGUGAUGAUGAUUGAGCAGGCGUUGGCGAUAGCAACCACCAAUGGUGGCACAACACAGGCCACGAUUCAGAUCCCUUGCAACCUGACUCUGGACUCUGUGAUUCACAUCGAUGGUCAGAACAACGUGGAAAUGGGUCAGGACGGAGUAUUGAACGAUUGCUCUGCAAACAUGUCAGGUGAAGGUCAAUUCAAUUUGACGGAAGAUCAGAUUCGUGCCUUAGCAACAGGUCAGUUGACAGAGGCUGACCUUCAAGCCUUAGUGGCACAAUCCCAGCUGAGUUCCAAUGAGUUGCAGGAGCAGGUAACCAAUGGCGACCAUGGUGACAUGGCAAUACACAUGACUGAGGAACACAAACAGAUGCAAGACUCCUACAGUACAAACCUGGAAGAACGUUCCACAAGCAGGAGCUUGUUGUUCAAGCACGCUGCAGAUUCUCUAACAGAGGAAGACGAGGAGGAGGAGGAAGAGAUGGAAGAAAACAUGGAAGUUCAGGGAGAUGUGGAAGAAGUGCUAGACAAUGGCAUGGAAGGAAUGGAGAGUGACACAGAUGAUAAAACUAACGUCAUGGAUAUGGUGAACAUCAUAAGAUGAAGUGUGGUGGGAGCAGUACAUGCACAAUAUUUGCUGCAAGGAAAGGGUACCUUUAAGGAAAUAGAUCAUCAGGUGAAUUUGGAAGAGAUGCUUGAAAGUCAUAUGGGGGGAAGGGAUAUUGCGGAGGUGAUGAAAUGAAAUUUCAUGGAUAUGAUGAAAAUCAAAUGGUGAGCUGUAGUUUUAGUCUCAACGCACAAGCUUUGUGCUUCCUUGUAAGGAUUCUUUGAAGUGGAUAUAUCAUCAGUGGAAUGUGAUAAUUGAAUUGAAAGAAGGAAAAGAUGCCUGGAUGAUAGCACAAAUGUCACGGACUUGGUGAAUGAUAAGAUGAUCAUAUUUAUCCUAUGCAAAGGUGAGAAAAUAAACAUGCAGGAACGAAUGGGAAGCAAUGUGUCAAAAAUGUCAUUGGAAUAGAAAGUAUCAUAAGAUAUCAAAGAAUGCUUACAUUGUCAUUGAUUAUUUGUAUGGAGUUAAAAAUGGUCCAUUAAAUGUCAAAGAUACCCUUGACAAAUGAGUUUAAGGGACAGAUACAGUGAUGUCAAUGACAUUCGAAAGUCAUGAAUAUUAUUGUUGCCAUGCAAAUAAAAUACAAAAGAGUUAUAUCAAGUUAAAAAAUGAGUUCCUUGACAACACAUGGGUGGUUAAUAGUGACCAGUGAAAUAAUUGUUUUUUUAAGUGACCAUUAUUCAGGGAUAUACAUGUAUGCUAAUAUACAAUAUUUAAUUUCAUGCAAAGUACGUGCCAAGAGAAAAACAAGCUUUCUUUGCUCAUCUAUACUGAUCAGAGCAUUUGUGUUUCAAAGGACACACCCUUAUGAUCAUGUGAUGGUUGUGAUGAGAAGUACAAAAUGGUGGCAAAUAUUACCUAUGAAGGUCAACAAUCCAUUGAAUUGCCUUGUAAGUUGAAGAGCAGGUAAAAUAAGUGAAGGGCAGCAAAAGCAAACAAUUAGAAAGGUGGAAUUGGUCAAAUGUCUGAUUAUGUGAGAUAAUUUUUUAAGGAUUUUUUUUGGUUCAAAUUUAUGCUUGACCUUGAAAAAAGAAAGAAACUGUUGCAUAAUAGCAUGAUCUUUUUGUUUGUAUUUGUGAAAGU